GCUAUACUGGGUGCAGGGCUUAUUUUAUCUGUCCCCGCUGCUGCUUUGGCCAUAGCGUAUGAGACCACUCAGAACCGAUAAGCUCGGUUGAAAACGCCAGUGCGCUCUUCUUCCAGCUUAGGAUUUCUGCCUGAAGACAGCGCCAUGCAGGAUCACGGACAGGGACGGGUGCACCGUUUUCGCGACCAUGUCGUCACCGGCGUCAACUGGCGACCGACGCGGUUCGUCGACGAGGUUCCCAGUUCACGUGUGUGCGGCCUCUGCAACAUGAUCCCGAAACGGAUGGUGCUGUUGCCGUGCUCGCACGCUCUGUGCCACUCUUGCCACGCGGCCAGUCUCGAAGAGGGUGUUGGCCAAUGUCCAUUGGAUCAAGAGACAUUCCAAGAAGCGGAGUGCAUCGGUUAUGAAUUCCCUACCCGGAAAGCGAACUCCCUGAAGGUGUACUGCUGGAACGAAGCGCACGGCUGUGAAUACACGGGCACCAUGGACCGUAUGCUGGAGCACUACGAGAACGCAUGCACAUUUCACACCGUGGAUUGUUUGCGGUGCGGCGUGGGAGUCCAGCACAGAGACCUGCCGACUCACUACGCGGCCGGAUGCCCUGUCCGUGUUUCUUCAGCGAUCACAGAGUCCUCGGAGCACACAGCGCUGACCCUUGCAGAUGUGAACGAUGCCCUUGAAGAGGUCAAGGCGAUGUUGGGAUGUAUCAACCACGAUCAGCUGCUGCUAGUUAUUCAGAGUCAGUUGAAUGAGCUUACAGAACAAGUCAGAGGCCAGGAAACCAGAUUCGCCGGGAUCACUCGUGAGAUCGGAGCAUGCGAGCGCAAUUUAAAGGGUGACAUGUCUGAAAUGGCAGGCACGAUAUCAUCGACCGUGUCGAACCAGUUGACCUUUCUGCAAAGUCCGGAGGAGGAAGCCAGCGCGUCAUUGUCGCUGUCGUUGCGCUCGGAAAUGGCGCUGAUACUUCGAAAGCUGGAACUCUUAGCCGACCCGGAAGACUCGCGGCAGACAUCCCCGAAGCCUGAUUCCAGCCGUGUAAUUGCUCACUGUCGCGCUUUCCGCCCUGGCGUUCGGCGUUUGUACAGUGCGAUGUCAACCACAUCCACGUGGAUUAAACAAAUUGGGACGGUGAGUUAUGAUCUGACCUUCGAAAACUGUGAGAAAAUCAUUCAGUAUCAAGGGAGAUUGAGGAAAAAGUUAGCCGAGAUUACGGUGUGGCACAUGAGAGACACGUACUUUAGGGUUGCCGCCUUGAAGGUGGGCAUGGGUAUUUCUGGACCUGCUCUCAUUGUGGAGAUCGAGUUUAACGGGCUUCUGGUGGACUCUAGGUGUUGGCCGCCUUUUUGGCAAGUGAGCGUGUGGGAUAAUGUGAGGCGCGUGGAUCGAUGGUUGACUCCCCUUACUCCUCUUCGCUGCAGCUGCUACGAUGACUCAUUGGAACACUUCCACCUAGAAUUCCAUAUAGAAGCUGCCGGGCUGAAUAUUGGCCGUUUUUUCGAAGACGGAAAGAUAUACUUCAAAAUUAUCCUCAGCGAUGAAGAUAUGGGCCAUGGUAUCGAAGGAGCACCCUAACGUUCGUCCUCGCAGAAUGUAUACUGCACUGCAAGGAUCGUCCUUGUCAUUUGUGUCACAUGAGCUUAGCGAACUUUUGAUGUCCUUUCUGCUAAAUGAAAUUGGCUCGCCGAAAUUUCUUUUUUUUAAUGUGCUAUGCUUUGUAACGGUAAACCUAGCCUUUUAAUGCAUUACUGGGUGUUCAUUUUGUUGUUUGUUCAUAUUGCUAAUACAGUUGGUACUGCUUAAUAUUGUGCUCGUCUUGUGCUCCACGAGUGGUUUCUGACAUUAUGGCGCCUACCUCGAUAUUUUCUCUCUAUUAAUGCCUUGCGGCUGCUAAUUCGAUGAAUUGCAAGGCGGCGUUCGUGAUGGAUACUACACUGUACUACUCCGCGUGGCCCUGUAGUUAACGUUCGGACUCUGCAAUCCUUCCUCUAUGACUUUAACAGUAUUUUCGGCAAGCACCUUGUACUCCGCCGUCCAUGAAUGGUGUAUUCAAAACUCUUAUAACGCACGCAAUCAGACCAUAUACUGCAACAAGAGCUCGAUUGCUCAUAUAGUUGGUGUUGGAAGAGAUGACGUCUUGAACAGGAAACCGGUUGUUUCAAGGCUUCUGAGUUGUGAUGCGGCUUACACCACAAUAGAAUUUAAAGCGCUUACAAACUGCGUCCUGACAUCAGAUCGGGUGAUCCGCGUAUUUCUACUGGCACGUCUCCCCGAAGUUUCGAAUACACCUAAAGAACUGCAGAUCUUUAUGAGAGAACAGGUGGUGACUCAAGUAUAUGAGGUUAUUUUUUCCAGCUUGCUUAAGAGCUUGAAGAACCGAUAAACACCCUUACAUCGGUCGUUGGAUGUAAGGCCUAUAAUUGAAUGUGGCGCUCUUCUUACUUGUCCGGUGUUAAGCUUGCGAUGUCCUAUCUUAUUGUUUUCAGUUAUUGCAAGGAUCUAUCGACGUCCCUACUACAGAAGCUUCUUUUUUCAGUUUUGAAAGCAUUAGUUGGCGAAUCAUUGAAAUAACGCCAAUUUUUAGGUUGUUGUCUACACUGUAGUUCGGCCAUGAGGCAGAAAAUAUCAGGCAUGCGGAUUAAUGCUUAACUCCUGCUUGAUUCCGCGGUGCGCAGAAAAGAACCUACACGGGCACUUACGCUACUUCACACAGUCGUUUUGUUUCAUAUAUAGCGUUUUUUAUAUUCUUAGAUAUUUGUUCUUUCAUAUUUACUCGCUAACAAUGUAUAAUUUCUUUGUACUCAUUUCUUUCUGCUAAUUCCCUGUGUCCUCCCUUCAAGCACUGUUCCUUCGGGAGGCUGUGAGGUAAUUGAAUAAAGAAAUAAACUUUUCUCCACUGUUAGAA